AAAAUAAAAACAAAUAAACAAAUAAAUAAAAACACACAACGUUCGCACGAGUCGGGAUUGAACUCGACUUCCGACGUCGCCUCGUGAAUAAUUUCUGCGCAAAAACAGGGAAAACAAAUUUCGCACGCACUUGAAUAACGCAGAGGCCGACGCAAAGUGACGUUGACGGUGUGGAUAAACGGGGUGCAGCAUUUCGAAGUUGUGUGCGAACGCCCAUGGUGGCGUAGGUUUCGGGAAUGCGCAGGGAGGACAGAGGGCAACGCGGGCUAUAAGAGGGACGCCGAGCGUCGCGACGCCACAGAGGCUUCUGCUGUCUCCGGUCACAGAUUCAACUCCCAUCUGCAACCCGAUUUAUCAACGGAUAAACGAUCGCCGAAUAACCGUUUGACUCGCCCUCGUACGGAUCGUCGAUUAAGUCAGCAGCCUUGAAUCGACAACGAGAAAACAGGAUGUUCGCCGAUUAUUCACCCAGGAUUCCGCUCCGUUUCAUCCUGGUUACGAUCUUCGGCGUUUUCGUCUCUCUGGCAUCUGCAUCCAGCUCUGAUCUCGGCCCUCGACUCGAGCAACAGCUGCCUUUGGUGCCGGACGUGCAAACGGAGGCCGGCUUCAAUCCCCAUUUUCUCGAGGAACGCGGACUGCGAGAGUCUCGUGAAACCGUACAUUUCAUCUCAGAUUGCAUGCACGUGGCUUCGGAGCCGGGUCAUUACGUGUACAAAUCAUCGUCGAACGACCAAACGGUCUGCGGCGUCUACUUCUUAACCGAUCCGGACCGUCUAGUGGAGCUCCAUUUCACUUACCUCGACGUUCCUUGCGAGCGAGGUGGUCUCGUCUCGUUCGUCGACGGAUGGGAACUGAACGGUGAAGUAUUUCCGAGCGCAGCCGAUCACCCGCUCUCGUUGGACGAAAGGUUGUCGGAAUUCUGCGGAAGACGGGUGAAAAAGGUAUUUUUGAGCAGCCAAAAUGCGGCCCUGAUUCAGUACAGGAUUCCGCAAAAAGGACGGGGGUUCAGCGUGAUGGUGCGUUAUCCAAAAAAUCCCACUCCGUGCAACAUCCUCGUCGACAGCUUAUCGGACUUGUUCACCCUCCGGAAUUACGGACGCCGAGUGAACUGCACCCUCAGCGCUAUGUACCCAGCAGUGGUGCGCGUGAUUGCUCUCGGCGUUGGAAUCGGAAGUCCUCGAGGAGCGAAUCGUGAAAUGGAAACGGGUACCGUCCACCAGUGCGACAAGCGGGGUCUACAGGAUCACGUGCAGAUCGGGGGAAGCGACGGACUGGAUUCGACGAAUCUGCUUCUCCUCGACUCGAUUUGCGGGGUGAACUCGAAGCCAGAGGGCAUGGAGAACGUGAUGGGGUGCGGGGUGACUUCGGUGAGGCUCGUUUCAAGCGGGCUUUUCGACAAUUCGGUGACCGUCGCCGUGCGUCCUGCUACCGAAAACGACAUAAUCGACGCCAAUCUAAUAUGUGGCGUUUGAAACUUCGACCUAAAGGGGUUCCCACCCCCUCAAAUCCUCCGGACUCCCAGACUAGAUUUCUAAGGUACAUCAACAUUCCAUAUGUUUCGAAGAAUUUUCGAGUUAAUUAGUUAAGACGAAUGCUAUAGGGAACAGUGUAAUGAAUUUAUUUAAAACACAAACUUACGGAACUAUGCAUAAUAUAUUUGAGGACCAUUCGCCCACUGAGAGUAUAAUAACAAUGAUGAUAAUAAUAAUAAGAGGACCAAGUUCUC